GACAGUAUUACGAAAUUUCAACAAAAAAUUAGCAAGUGGAAGUGGAAUUUGUCAAAAUUAUUUCCCGGUUCAAAAUAUUUUAAAUAUUUAAAUUAUGUGUGACAGCGCUUAAAUGCAUGAAAUUAGAAUAGAGAAAACCCAUUUUAUUGACAAACUCUGUGUCAAUGGAGUUUAAUUCUUACUAAAUUGAGAGUAUGGUAGAUUGCGAUGAAAUAAUGGCAGGUAGAGGUUCAACAAGGAAUCCCUCAAGUGCUGGCGGCGGGAGAAAACCCGGUGGCGGAGGAGGAGGAGGUGGUGGUGGUGGUUCCAGGCCGUCUUCAGGAGAAGCCAGUUAUUCUACAGCAUUUUCUCACAUUAUAUUAGCUGGCACAGGAACUUAUUGUUUUCAACAUCUUACCAGCAUCUGCAGCUGUGCCUUUGCUUACCAUAUAUCAAGAUGUUCCUUUAUAAUUGUUAUUGUUAAUUCAGUUAUUGGAGUUUGGAGGUUUGGUAAUCCACUAUAUGGCGCCAGUAUCGAUCCUUUGUACGGAUUUACUACAGCGGUGCAAGAUUUAUUUGUACUUCCUUUAGUUGCUGCCACACUAUUGGAAAAAUAUGGCUACCCGAGGGACUAUAUCUAUGCAACCCUGAGCGUACCUGUUAUUCCGUUAUUAUCUUACCUUAUUGGCUAUGAAACUGUUAAGACUGAAUCGGAAAAGCUCAUAGCAGUUUUAGGUUGCGCUGGAAUUGCAUGGCUGUCUUUUAUAAAUGACAACUAUUAUGGAAUGGCAACUUGUGCGUCAUACAUUAUGAUCUCGUUCUUUGUCAAGGAAUCUGGCGAUAACAGUUUGAAAAUACCUACUCAGGAUUUGUGCAAUUAUGCAAUGUGCUUUUUUUCAUAUUUUGCUCUAAGGGCUAUACUUGAUUAAUCCGGUUCUAAAUAUCAUGCAUUAUUUUUUGGUAAUAAUUGUAAAAAUAUAUAUAAUCGAGGCUUUUUUAAAAAAUAAUGUAAAUAUGAUUUAUAGCCUUAGGAAGUAAUGCUGCCUUGUUGUGUUCAUCAAUAAAAAUUUACCUUAACCUUAAACAUUUUGAAUAAUAGUAACAUUUUUGUGCUUUACAGGAUUUUAUGAAUAAUGACAUUAAAUUGGACAUAUAUAAUUAGUCAGCAAAAUAAUAUUCUUAAUAAAAACAAAACAUUUAAACUUUUCACACCAUGUCACCAUUGCCUCUUAAGUUUUACAUUCCUAAAUCAUGUUUCAUAAGAUUGCUUAAAAAAUAUAUAAGAAUGGUAGAUAUUUUUUAUCUUUUUGUUUUAAUGACAUAUGUAAAUAAUUUAACUUAAAAAAAAGUUGGUCGAAGAUAAUUUUCAAAAUUUUAUUAUGAGAAAAAAAUAUAACUAUAACUUUUUAUUUUUAUUGCCAGUCAACUCUUUUUUAUUUCUAAGGAAUCUUCUGAGAUGGAAAAUUUUGUAGAAAUCAUAUAGAUUCAAUAAUACAUUAAAAUGAAGGAAUGUUAUAAAAUGACACAAUUAAAACGAUGUCCUUAAAUUAUAUUCUUCAAGGAGACUGUAAUAUCUGCAAGAGUGUCAGCUUGGUGGAUUUGUGAUGUAAGCAUAUCAUUGUUUGAUGUCUAUUUUUGUAUAACCAUUUUCAGUGUUACAAUGUUUUGGUAAAUAAAGCGUAUUUUAAUGUUUUUUUUUUUUUGUA